AAUUUUUACCUCAACUAACAAGGGAAAUAUUGGAAUAUAGUUCGAAUUUCAAAUGUCCAAGUGAGGGAUUUCAUCCAGACCCCCAGGAUUGCAAAGCUUUUUACCGAUGUCUGUCAGAUGGAAACAAUAAUCUCAAAGCUAUCAGUUUCAAAUGCGGAGAUGGAACAGUAUUCGAUCCAGCGAUAAGUAAUUGUAAUUACGCUUAUGCCAGUUCUAGAGAAGAAUGUGGUGGGAAUCGAAUUGAGGAAUCGCAAGAAUCUACUCAGAACCAGAAUGAUUCCACAAGUAAUAACGAACAGACUGUAAUUCCUUCUUCUACGUCUACGACGACACCUGCUCCUUCAACAACAAUUUCUAGUCAAAUAGGAAAUAUCUGCACCCAGGAUGGUUUUCUAGGAGACCCUGCCAAUUGUAAGAGAUUCUACAGAUGCACACAAAAUUCACAAGGUGGCUUCACGAAGUUCGAAUUCACUUGCGGUACAGGAACUGUUUGGGAUCCAGCUGCCUUAUCGUGUAACUAUCCAUGGGCUGCCAAUAGAACUAAUUGCCCGUCAGAACAAGGUACCCAAGAAACAGCUUUAUCUAGGAAUGCAGUUAACAGUAGUUCCACUCCAUCGAACUCUUCUUCGCAUAGCAGUUCUCAAGGCUCUAGUAGUGGUUUUAGUAAUAGCAACAGCAGUAGUAGCAACAACAACAGUAAUAAUAACAGCAGUAGCAGCAGUUUCAGUAGCAGUAGUAGUAGUAACAGUAGUAGUAGCAGCACUAGUAGUAGUAGCAGCAGCAAUAGUAGUAAUAUCAAUAAUUCUUUUUCGAAUGGUACACAAUCAUCUUCUACUAGUUCUUCAGGCCAACAAGGUUCCAAUCAGAAUCAACAAAGUUCUGGUUCAAGUAGUUCAAAUUCAUCUGGUCAAAACCAGCAAAAUUCUGGAUCUAAUCAGCAAAGCUCUUCAGGAUCCAAUCAGAAUCAACAGAACCAACAGGGAUCCUCUAGUUCCAACCAACAAGGUUCCAGUCAAAAUCAGCAGAAUCAACAGGGCUCUUCGGGAUUCAAUCAAAAUCAACAGAACCAGCAAAGUUCAUCAAACUCUAAUCAGAAUCAGCAGAAUCAACAGAAUUCUUUGGGGUCUAAUCAAAAUCAACAAAAUCAGCAGAGUUCCUCAACUUCUAAUCAGAAUCAGCAGAAUCAACAGAGUUCUUCAAGUUCCGGUGGAAGUUCUUCGAGUUCCAAUGGAAGUUCUUCAAGUUCUGGUCAAAAUCAACAAAGUUCUUCCAGCUCGAAUCAAAAUCAACAGAAUCAACAAGGGUCUUCGCAGGGGUCUUCAAAUUCAAAUCAACAAGGCUCCAAUCAGAAUCAGCAAAACCAACAAAGUUCUUCAAGCUCCAAUCAGAAUCAACAAAAUCAACAAGGUUCCACAGGUUCGAACACAAAUGAACAGAAUUCAAAUUCCAAUCAACAAAGUGCCAAUCAAAAUCAACAAAACCAACAGAAUUCUUCGGGGUCCAAUGGAAAUCAGCAAAGUCAGCAAGGUUCUUCAAAUAAUCAAAAUCAGCAAAACCAACAAAAUUCUUCAGGCUCCAAUCAGCAAGGUUCUAACCAAAAUCAGCAGAAUCAACAAAGUUCAUCAAGCUCUAAUCAGCAAGGUUCCAAUCAAAACCAACAAAAUUCUUCAGGUCAACAAGGUUUCAACCAAAAUCAGCAAAAUCAACAAAGUUCUACAGGCUCCAGUCAAAGUUCUAAUCAAAAUCAGCAAAACCAACAACAGAGUUCAUCCGGAUCUACGGAAAAUCAGGAGGGUUUAUCAAAUUCCAACUCUUCUAAUACACCACAGGGACCCCUAUGCACCGUCGAUGGAUUUAUGGCUGAUGACAGGAACUGUAGUAAAUUUUAUAGGUGUGUGAAUAAUGGACGUGGAUUCGACAGAUAUGAAUUCACGUGCACACCCGGAACAGUUUGGGAUCAAAGUGCCCUAACUUGUAAUUAUCCCAGUGCCGUUAGUGGAAAUUGCAGUAAAGUACAAAGUUCUGGAAACACUGAACAGAAUCAACAACAGACACAACAAGGUAACGGACAAAAUAAUGAACAGAAUCAGCAGAGCUCUGGGCAAAAUAACCAACAGAACCAACAAGCUAGCAAUCAACAAGGCAACGUAGAAAAUAAUCAACAGAAUCAGCAGAGUAUAGGUCAAAAUAACCAACAAAAUCAGCAGACUGGCAAUCAACAAGGAAAUGGAAAUAAUAAUCAACAGAAUCAACAAAGUACAAGUCAGAAUAAUCAACAGAAUCAACAGACCAGCAGUCAGCAAGGAUAUGGAGACAAUAAUCAACAAAGUGUAGGUCAGAACCAACAGAAUCAGCUAUCUGGAACACAGAAUAACCAACAAAGUGGUGGACAGAAUAAUCAACAAAAUAGUGGACAAAAUAAUCAGCAAAGUGGGGAACAGAACCAACAGAGUCAGCAAAGCAAUAACCAAACGAAUCAAUCUAGUACGGGUACAAUCAUAAAUGGCAAAUGUGUAUCAGAGGGAUUUGUUCCAGAUGAUAAAGAUUGUAAGAAAUUUCACAGAUGUGUUGAUGAUGGAAAAGGCGGAUUCACGAAAUAUGAAUUUUCAUGUGCCGAUGGAACAGUUUGGGAUAUUGGUUCAUCAUCUUGCAAUUACCCAUCUGCAAUAACAGGUAGGUGUUCCAAUAACCAAAAUAAACCAACACCACCCAGUCAGCAAGGAUCAAAUUCACAGAAUAAUCAAGAAUCAACACAACAAAACCAGCAAGGUAGUUCUCAAAGUCAGAAUGAGCAAGGAACAAACUCACAAAACCAGCAAAAUCAACAAAAUAAUAAUCAGAGUAACAGUCAACAAAACUCCAAUCAACAAACUAACAACCAAAGUAAUAAUCAACAAAAUAAUCAGAGUAAUAAUCAACAAAGUUCCAAUCAACAGAAUACCAAUCAACAAAAUCAACAAAGUGGUAAUCAAAGUGCCAAUCAGCAAACCUCCAAUCAGCAGAACAAUUCUAAUAUAACUUCAGGACAAAUUGUGAACAAUGUUUGUGUAUCUGAAGGAUUCGUUGGAGAUAAUAAUAAUUGUCAGAAAUUCUACAGAUGUGUCAAUAAUGGUUUGGGUGGAUUCGUAAAAUAUGAGUUCAAGUGUGGCGAUGGAACUGUAUGGGAUGAAACAUUGUUUUCUUGUAACUAUCCCCACACAGUAGGUGGUAAAUGUGGCACAAUACAGAACACAAAUCAGCAGAAUUCUGAUGGAAACAAUGAUCAUCAAAACUCAAAUCAACAAAAUCAACAAGAAAGUGGAGAGAAUAAUUCACAAAAUCAGCAAAGCAACGGGCAGAAUAACCAACAGAAUCAGCAAGGAAGUGGAACAAAUAAUCAACAAAAUUUGCAAAAUGGGCAGCAAAAUAACCAACAAAACCAACAAAAUUCCGGACAAAAUAAUCAACAAAGUCAACAAGGAGGGGGCGGAAAUAAUCAAAAUACACAUCAGAAUAACCAACAAAAUCAACAAACUAAUGCGGAACAAAAUAGUGAACAGAACCAACAGGAUGGCCAACAAAACAACCAACAGAAUAUUCAACAGGGCCAGCAAAACGAACAAAGCAGUUCCUGUUUUUCAGAAGGAUUUAUUGGUAACGAAAGGAAUUGUUCCAUAUUUUACAGGUGUGUAGUAGAUGGCAGAGGUGGAUUUAUUAAAUAUGAAUACGUAUGUGGUCCUAAUACAGUCUGGGAUCAAACUCUGCUCUCUUGCAACCAUGCUUGGGCCGUUUCAGGAAAAUGUUAUGCGCCACAAAAAACAAAUGUAUCCGAAUCUUCGAAUAACGGACAGGGAAAUAACGAACAAAAUGGAGGUCAAAAUAAUCAACAAAAUAAUGGACAAAAUAAUCAAGACAGCCAGCAGACAAAUACUCAACAAGGAUCUAAUAAUCAACAAGGAAAUGAUAAUCAGCAAAUUGGAAGUCAAAAUAACCAGCAGAAUCAAGAAAAUAAUAGCCAAAAUAAUCAGGGUAGUCAGCAAACAAAUAAUCAACAAGGAUCUAACAACCAACAAGGAAGCAACAAUAACCAGAAUAAUAGUCAAAGUAACCAGCAGAAUCAAGAAAAUAAUGGCCAAAAUAAUCAAGGAAAUCAGCAAACAAAUAAUCAACAAGGAUCCAAUAAUCAACAAGGAAAUAAUAAUCAGCAAAAUGGAAGUCAAAAUAACCAACAGAAUCAAGAAAAUAACGGCCAAAAUAAUCAAGGUAACCAGCAAACAAAUAAUCAACAAGGUUCCAACAGCCAACAGGAAAGCAAUAACAACCAGAAUAGUAAUCAAAGUAACCAGCAGAAUCAAGAGAGUAAUCAACAGGGAAAUAAUAAUCAGCAAAAUGCUGGUCAAAAUAACCAGCAGAAUCAAGAAAAUAACGGUCAAAAUAAUCAGGGUAAUCAGCAAACAAACAAUCAACAAGGAUCCAACAACCAACAAGGAAGUAACAACAACCAGAAUAGUAGUCAAAAUAACCAGCUGAAUCAACAAAACAAUGGACAAAAUAAUCAAGGUAGUCAACAAAUAAAUGAUAAUAAUCAACAAGGAAGUAGCAAUCAACAAACUAAUAACCAAGGGAACAAUAAUCAAAAUACUCCUCAACAGGGGUCACUGAGCGGUGAUAAAUGCUCUAAAGAAGGUUUUGUUGGAGAUUCAGAAAAAUGUGAAAAAUUUUAUAGGUGCGUAUUAGACAAAGAUGGAUUUCAUAAAUAUGAAUACACCUGUGGACCCGGUACAGUUUGGGAUCAAAACAUGUUGUCGUGUAAUCAUCCUUGGGCUAUAUCUGGAAAAUGUUCUUCUAACCCUGGCAACGGUCAACAAACUCCUAAUCAAGAGUCAAAUCAAAAUGUAAAUACCCAGGGAAGUAAUUCAAAUCAAGGAAAUAAUAAUCAUGAGACCAUCAAUCAGAGUAGUAUCAAUAAUAACCAAGACAGCAAUAGUAAUCAGUUCAGUGAAAACAAUCAGUCCGUUAAUAACAGUCAGUCAAAUAACAACAGUAAUCAACAAAAUAAUUCCCAGCAGAAUCAAGAAAAUUCUUCCCAAGAAGGAAGUACUAACCAACAAAGUAAUCAAAACAAUAUAAAUAGUAAUGAGCAGGGUGCUCUAGAAGGUGGAAAAUGUUCUAAAGAAGGAUAUGUAGGAAACGAAAAUGAUUGUACGAAGUUUUAUAGAUGUAUUGGUGAUGAAAAAACUGGGUUCCAAAAGUACGAAUAUACCUGUGGGAUAGGAACAGUUUGGGAUCAAACUGCAUUAUCUUGUAACCAUCCUUGGGCAGUGUCUGGAAAGUGUUCUUCCAUACAAGGUCAACAAAACAAUAAUGAGGAAAGUAAUCAACAGACUAGCAACCAAGAAAAUAACAAUCAGAGUAGUAAUAAUCAACAAAAUAAUCAAACACAUUCGAACCAACAAAACAGUCAAACAAACAAUAAUCAACAGGGAUCAUCGUGGAAUUCAUCCAACGUAUCUAGCGAAAUUGGAAUCGACUGUUCAAAAGAAGGAUAUCUCGGCGAUCCUAAUGAUUGCAAAAGAUUUUACAGAUGUGUCAGUAAUAGUAACAACGGUUAUACCCGAUAUGAAUUUUCAUGUGGUAAAGGUACCAUCUGGGAUGCUGAUGCUGUCACCUGUAACUACCCUUGGGCUGUUUCUGGAAAAUGUGCCAAUGUUAAUCUUGAUAAUGAAACCACAAGUUCGAACGAAAAUAUAGUAGAUGGCAGCAGUACUACAGAUAUUAGCAGUACCACAGACAUUGGGGGAAGUACUACUGAUAUAAGCAGCACCACAACCGUCAGCGCUGGCACCACAGAAAUCAGCAGCACCACAUACCUAAGUGGUAGUACUACAGAUAACAUCGGUGAUGGUACAGACAUUAGCAGCACUACCGAAACUGUUAGUAGUACUGUCGACAUCAGCGGCACUGAUGUUGCCAGUACGACAGAGAGCAAAACUACUACUCCUAUAUCAUCUGAAAUAACAGGCAGCACUAUUUCUUCUACAUUGAGUGUAACCACCGAAAGUUCUAUCAGCACUCUUUCAACAGAUUUAAGUUCAUCUACCGAGAGUACUACUCUUCAUUCUACAACAGAAAUCAACAAUGCUGAAUCACAGCCCUUCUCUGAAAGUACCACACUUUCCUCUGGAAGUACUGCAUCGUUCACAGAAAGUAGUACACUUUCCACGGGAAGUAGCACACUUUUUGUAGACGCUAGUACACUCGUCACAGAAACAAGCACAACUUCCACUGACAAGAGUACUUUUUCUACUGAAAGUAAUCCUUCUUCUCUCACAAGUACAUUUUCCACGUUAUCCACUGACAGCUCCACUUAUUCAACAGAAUCAAGCUCAGUCUCAUUCGAAAGUACGGAUGUCACCAUAGGAAAUACCGGAACUCCUACAGUGGUCAGUACGAAUAGCUCGUUUACGGAAAGUAGCACAUUUUCUGAAAGUACUACGUCUUCCUUCGAGGUCACUCCGGAAGGUAAUACUCUUUCCGGUUCUGUCACCUCUACCACAGAAGAGGGAUUAACUACUGAAAACACCGCAAUUACGACCGGUAGUACUACUGCUAACUCUUCCAUGGAACCAUGCCCAAUUGCUCAAUUAGAAGGUGAUCAGGUUGCAUUAGUUUGUCCAACUGGAUUCAGAAGACAUCCAAAGUACUGUAACCUAUUUUAUCAAUGCACAAAAGGAAAUAAUAGCCACGACUAUAAAAUAUUAGUCCUGAGCUGUCCGGAAGGGCUCGUUUAUGAUAAUGAUAAAAUUCAGUGUCUUCCACCACAUGAAACUCAGACCUGUCAAGGAGAAAUAGCAAGUAGCAGUCUAUAUAAGAUGUUGGAUAUCAAUUCGAUGCCUCCAGUACCAGUGAGCAAUCGACAACCUCUAUGUCCUGUUGAAGGAUAUUUCGAGCUUGCGCCAGCCGCCUGCAGUAGCAGUUUCCUCAGAUGCUCGAGAUCAUUCAAUACAAGAGGCAGGAUGGAAGCGUACAUGUAUCGUUGUCCAGAAGGUUUUGCAUAUUGGCAGAUCAGUAGGAGAUGCGAGAGAACAUCCAGACUUCUUGACUGUACAGAAAUCCAACCUCAACAUUCCAGAUGGGACAUGCCUGUGGAGAGUGUGAACAUUUCUCUGAGACGAAGAAAAAGUGCAUAUUUUGGGUGGUAA